CUAUUUUUUUACAUGCCUCUUCAUCUUCGCCGUGACUUGGGCAGACGCUGUUGGCGAUGGUUGAUAUCAUGCCUUCUCUGUUGGUCGGCUUUGACUAAUGGCAUCUUGUUAUAAUGCUAAUGCGUUCACGCAGUAAUUUCUUGUUAGAGAGGAAAUGAGCCGUCUUUUUUGAAUGUAAAGCACUUUUCAUGCCUACUAUCUACAUUUAAUACAGCUGAUAAUUCGGGUACAUGGGCCGAUUCGCGCGAUCGCGCUUCAAUUGGUGGACUUGGCGCUCAAGUCAUCAAAUCCCCAGCCUCGCCAAUUAAAAUUUGAGCGCCAGUCAAGGCUCGACUCAAAUGUAAUGAUUUUCACGUUGACGGAAUUAUGAAAUACAUCAUCUUUACUUCUCCCUAUGAGCUGCAUUCACUUGGAUGCGCUGGCGCAGGUGAAUGAAUGAUUAGGUAAUCAGAACAAAUAAAAAUGGGUCUUUGAUCAGGUGACUUUUGCAUUCCUUUGCUCUAGCUCUGGCUUCAUCUCUCUCUCCAACUCCACCUUGCAUAUCCUCCAUCAAACGAACGACAAAGCAACGAGACUGCCGCAUCUGUUUCCAGAGCGCUUUCGCUGUACUUGCUCACGGCUACGGCCACACGGACAGUUUGGCGACCGGCACCGGUUCUACAGGCCUCUACUCGCCGUCCACGGCCGGCGAAAGACCCUGGGUGUCGGCUUCAGGCAGACUGGAGAUCGUCGUGGUAGCGUGGCUGGGCAAUGUGCACGAAGACGCUCGGCAACGACUGUGGCACCUCAGCUCCAUCUUCGUUAUAACUCUCUCUUCGUAAUUCUUUUCGCGUUCCAUGAGUCAAGGCUACUCUUGCUAUCGCAUACAAGCCUGGGCGGGCGGGAAUCUCAAGCUAUUUCUUGAGGGCUUUUCCUCUUCACGUUCGUCUGGCUUCAUCACUACUGACUUUAUCAUCUAGCUACCAGCCGUAAUCGACAACAUGGCAGAUCCUCCCUUCUCUCCAGCAGCCUCGACUGCCUCGGCGACUUCUACAAAUCCGAAUACUCCGCGCUCGAGUGAGCUACAUGAAGGAAAUUCACAAGCAGAUCAAGAAACUGUCGACAUGGGCAAUCAUCAGGCGGUGGCGGUUGAUGCCGCGCCUUCAUCACCUUCAUCGCCUUCAUCGGCAGAGUCACCCAGUCUAAGAAAUCAUGAUAUCCAGCCGACAUGGCCCAGUAAAAUCGACCGCACGAAAAUACGCGCAGAGGCUUGCUGGCUUGGCCAAACCAUCGAUAAUGUCUUGCUAGAUAUACACUGGGCUGGACAGCAUGGCCGCGCAUUUUUGAAACUUCACACAACCUUGCACCUGGAGGGCGCACCUGGUGCUUCUCGGCAUGGCCUCGUAAACGCCUACAUCUUCAUAUACCCAGAGCGAAUACGCCAGCUUUCAUUCACCUCACAGCCCCAAUAUUCACCUUUUGGCCCGCCUACCAUUGCUCUCACCUUUGAUCUCAGUAGACCGCCUGCCCUCAUCCUCCCCAAGACAUACACUAGUUUUGGACCUGGAGCGGAAGACACGAUGCAAUCUCUUUGUAGCCUUGUUCAACAGACAUAUUUCACCGUCUUCGCAUCUCUUCCAAGCAGAAUGCUCUCAUCAUCGUGGCUGCAGCAAUUUUGCCAAGAUAUUACAGAGCACAAACUCAAGACCAUUGCAUCUCUCGCAAACUUGAAGUCUCUGUAUCAAGGCCAUGGCGCUCAGGUGGUUGAAGGCGACAGUCCGCUUGAAGCUGUUUGUGACCAGGGUAACGCUGCUGCCCCUGCUGCCCCAGAGCUCCCAGCUUAUGAAGAGGCCAACCCAAGUUUUCCUCCUUCACGAUCUACUAAGAGAAAAAGGUCCUAUGACGAGAGCUCUGCGAUGGGACAUGACUCCAAGGCGACGGGAAUUGCAGCCAUGCAAGCCCUCAUUGGAGACAUGCUCGAGGCAAAGCUCACCGCUCAUGAGCGCAGGGUGGGAGCGAUGCUGUCUGCGCACGAGGAUAAAGUUCAGGAGAUGCUAUCUGCUCACCUAUGCAAGGUAAAUGAGCAGUUGGCCAUCAAUAACUACAGUAUUGCAGAUCAGAUUGAUGCUGUAGAGGAGCGGGUAAGGAAUGAUGUGGUGAAUGAGUUUACGGACACGAUCAACAAUAGGAUACUUGAAGAGAUGGAGGGAGUGCAAGAAUCUGUCAUGGAGCAGAUUACUUCAAUGCCCUUGCAAGCUCAUCUGACGUUUCCCAACCAUCCAUACCUUUAGGAUGGAGCCCAUGAUGAUUGACGAUAGCCUUUAAUUGAAUAAAUAUGACACUGAAUAUCUGGUUUACAAACUAAGACAUUGAUGACUGCUUUCUCUUUUUCCUUCCUUCUGGAUUCGUCAUGUCGCCCCUGCCACGUUGCACAAGUCUCGUACAUUUGGGAAAGAGGCGCCAUCUCGCUCCUUCCUUGAAUAACAGUGUCCCCGCAACCACUCUAUUACGACGACAUCCUCACUGCCAAUUCCUCUCCUCCAUCAUUUCCCAUGAUUAUUUGGACGACAUGGAGACGACAGCGCCAUGGGUUAUUCACGAUGACUCUGCCACGACUCGUAUCCACCCGUAGCUUUUGUAGCGACCAGCAGUUCUUCUUUAGCGGCGAUAUUCUAGGCCGUUACUGGGCGAUCUAUCAGCGCAAG